CUAUUUUUUUCCUAUAUAUCGUCAGUCGUCGACGCGUUUAAUACACACGGCCUACGUUUCCAUAAUCUAACCUCACUUGAAUUUGCGAUGUGGCACUUAGCAUUUUAACAUAUUUCACACUUUGGUUAGCGGAAGAUCGAUUUAAUUCGAGUGAAAUAAUGAUUAUAGCAUAGUGUUUCAGUGACUAACGCGCUAGAAUCAAAAAGGAGGAGCUUUUCAACGGAUAUGAAUGUACAUACUUAGCGAAUAAAAAAAAAUGAGAGUGUCAUUAUUACUGAUCUUUCGAAUUUUAUACUUUUUCGAUGUAUACGGUGUCACAAAUGCUUGGGACAAUGACGAAUUGGAAGUAUUCGACGUUGUCGAGGAGGUCAAUCAAAAUUUCUACGAAGUGCUUGGUGUCCCGCAGGUCGCAAAUGCUUCGGAAAUUAAGAAAGCUUUCAGACGAUUGUCACUGCAGUUGCAUCCAGAUAAAAAUUCUGCAGAAGAUGCAGAGCAACAGUUUAGGAAAUUAGUCGCUGUUUAUGAUAUUCUGAAAGAUCCUGCGAAACGUCAGCGAUACGACAAUGUUCUAGUUAAUGGAUUGCCAAACUGGCGAUCAGCCGUGUAUUAUUACCGCCAUGUGCGGAAAAUGGGACUUGUAGAAUUAGGAAUAAUUUUAUUUUUACUGAUUACCAUCGGACAAUAUGUAGUUGCGUGGGCCGCAUAUUUCGAGAAAAGAUAUACAUAUGAACAAGUUUUGGGCAGUAAACUUCAGAAAAUGCAAAAAAAGAAUAAGAAAGGGAAGAUGGAUGUGCCGGAUUUGGCAGACAUUUUGGAGAAAAUUCCUACACCAACUAUUUGGAACACUCUCCCAUUUCAAUUUCCAAGAUGGAUAAUAGCUUUUACGCUGUCCAUACCUGAUAUCGUGCGUGUAAUGAAUACUAUACUGGAAGAAAGAAAACGUAGGAAAAAGCAAAAAGAAGAAGAAGCAUUAAUGCAAGAAAACGAACAACCAGAACCAGAAUUCACAUCUCGUACGAGGAGACGCAGAACUGGUUUCACUCCGCAAGAAAGAAGCGGUAAUGGCGUUAAAGAAGUAUUUAAGAAAGACCAAACAAAUCACGUUUAUCAGAAACCUGCUAUUUCUGGGGGAUUAUGGACUGAUGAUGACAUAUUAGAAUUAAUAAAACUUGUGAAGAAGUAUCCCAGUGGUACAUCAGAGAGGUGGGAUAAAAUUGCAGACGCGAUGAACCGUACAGUUACCGAAGUUACGCAUAUGGCGAAAAAGAUAAAAGACGAAGGAUUAAAACCCGGUUCGCCUACAGAGGAGACUGUUAUAGAAGAACGUUCAAAAAAGAUAAAGACUCGUGCCGAGAAUGUAGAAGGCAUUAGCGAAUGGAGUCAAGAACAACAAAGAGCUCUAGAAGCGGCUCUUAUAAAAUAUCCUAAAGGCACAUCAAUAGAUAGAUGGGAGAAAAUCGCAAAAUGCGUUGAAGGAAAGAGCAAGGAUGAAUGUCAAGCAAGGUAUAGACAAUUGGUGGAAUUAGUAAAAAAGAAACAACAUACUCAAUAGCCUGCCAUGUACAAGAUGUUCCUUCGACAAAAAGUAUAGUCCAAUACCAAUCAAGUCCAAAAAAGAAAAAUGAAAGAAAAACAUAAUUUUCGAUCUUAAGAUGAUACAUAUUUCACAGCUGUUGUACAAGCUUUACAAAGUGAAUUAAAGAUUUCUUAAAAGUA